AUGACACACGAGACUGAGGAAGCGAAACGAGAGGUAGAAGAUGGCUUGUUUUUUGAGAGAUUACAAACACUGUUCGACAAGCACCUGGCGGAUCUGAGGGCCUUCGCUGAGCGCGAAACACGUCCGUUCGAUGAGGUACGAAGGCGUUUUGCAGAAUGGCACUGCGAUUGUCUCUUUGCGCCAUCUCCAGCGCAGGGAGAUGAUGCUCAAGAGCGUAUAAAUACUAUCCUCCGGUACACCUCACAAACUCUCGAAUCCCUUCGUGAAAUCGCUGGGCUUCAGUCCUUCUUUCUAGUGGUAAACCCCCGCAAUGUCGCCGAUGAAGGCUUCCUCGGAGGUACGUUGUUUGGUCGCGAGUUUUGGCGCGGGCAUCGGGGAUGCGGGGUCAGCGGAGCCAAGGCUUUCCAAGCACAGUGUAUGAAAUCAGAAAAAAAUGAGAUACGCAGUUCCACUGCGGGGACUGCGCUGGAGAUGUCCCCUUCUAUGAUCAACAUAUCCUCGCAAAAAAGAGGACCUGCUAGUUCACUGAAAGCAGAAGUCUAUGCUAGUGUGCGUGAUGCAAUUCGAGCAGCAUCUGGGAUCCGAAAUGCUGAGAUGAAGUGGAAAGAUCACUCCAAACUUGAUGUCUACGGCAUUCGUCUUGAAGGCUGGCCUCCAGCUGUGCCCAUGCGGAACCCAUCUGCCCUUUCCGCUACCCAGAACAAACAAAUACUUGAGGCGCUCAACGCCAAAACCAUGACAUUUAUUCGCACGAGGGAUGCGUCUCCUACGCCAGCAGGCUCUACAUCGAUAUCUAUGCAACAAGAAUCGUCGGACGGUGCGGAUGUUAUUGAAGAUUGGAUUGAUUACUCCCCUUGGGCAUCCAAGGACCAGGACGAUAGCCUUAGCGAAGAGCAGUCUGUCGGGACAUCAGAUGUAACUGCUGCAUCAUGCGGCGCAUCCUAUUCACAGCAAGCAGCAGAUCUUCCGAGCAUAAUAUUGGAUUUACCUGAUACUGCCCAUGAAUCAUACAAUACUAUCUCACCUUCGCCAUUAAAGAAAAGACGUAGAGAUUCUGGAUAA